GCGCUCCUCCUUCGCGGCGGCCUUUGGCGCUGAGUGGUGGCCGGGUAUGGAGGCGAAGGCGGCGCCCAAGUCAGCUGCAGGCGGCGCGUGCUCGGUGUCGGCAGAGGGGACCGAAAAGUGGAUGGAGGAGGCAAUGCACAUGAUACUAUGCUAUGCACAGUGUUUUCAUGUGGGCCAUGUCAUAAGCCCCACUGCAGCCCUGUCAGGCCAAAGAAGCCCUCGAAAAUACUGAAGUUCCUGUUGGUUGCCUUAUGGUCUACAACAAUGAAGUUGUAGGGAAGGGGAGAAAUGAAGUUAACCAAACCAAAAAUGCUACUCGACAUGCAGAAAUGGUGGCCAUUGAUCAGGUCCUCGAUUGGUGUCGUCGAAGUGGCAAGAGUCCCUCUGAAGUAUUUGAACACACUGUGUUAUAUGUCACUGUGGAGCCGUGCAUUAUGUGUGCAGCUGCUCUCCGCCUGAUGAAAAUCCCACUGGUUGUAUAUGGCUGUCAGAAUGAACGAUUUGGUGGUUGUGGCUCUGUUCUAAAUAUUGCCUCUGCUGACCUACCAAACACUGGGAGACCGUUUCAGUGUAUCCCUGGAUAUCGGGCUGAGGAAGCAGUGGAAAUGUUAAAGACCUUCUACAAACAAGAAAAUCCAAAUGCCCCAAAAUCAAAAGUUCGGAAAAAGGAAUGUCAGAAAUCUUGAGCAUGUUCUGAUGAAAGAACCAAGUGACCCAAAGUGACCUGGACAAGAUUCCUAGACUGAAAGCUGUUGACGUCGUUGAAUCAUAUGUUUAUAUAUUGUUUUUAAUCUGUGGGAAAAUGGUGUCUCUCAUAAUUUGCUCUGUUAUGGGAACAAAUUAGCACUUUUUAGAAGUCUGACAAUUGUAAACAAUUGUUAGCUUUUCCACAGGCUGAUUCCCAUUUUAAGAUGGGGGAAAAUUAAGGUUUGAGGUUUUAGAAAUUAGCAUUUAGUGCGUACCCUUCCAGCCACAAGUGCCCAGUCCAGGCAAGUGCUGACUUUUUAGAGAAUGUGUGGCCAGACCCAGGGGCCUGGAGUGUGUCUGAACUGCAUGCAAUGUGCCACCCUGAGAACACCUUCUCCAGGACUGCCAUUUCAGAGUCAGAUUCUUCAUUUUUUGCAGCUACGAUGUUCUGCCAGGUCAAUGGGGGGCUGUGACUUCUCUAAAUUGUAUGUAAGUUGUGUAUGUAGAGACCAUAAUUAUAUGGUUCUUAAAAAGACUUUACUUUUAUAAAGCAUUUAGAGAACAUGCAUAGUUUUAAAACAAGUGCUUGGGUUGUCACUUAAAUUAUAGCGUAUUGCUAUAAUAAAACCUAAUUUAUGUCUUAUUUGAAGAUGAAUAGUCUUCAAAGAUAAAGACAUAAAUGGGACAAUUGUUAUUGAGCAAAAAACCAAAUUAUCCUGCCCUCGUGGAGCUUAUAUUCUAGCGAGGGGAGAUAAAUAUGAUAGAUAACGCAGUUUACUGGAGGACAAUAAGAGUUACGGCAAAAAGCAAAAGGAACACAGGAUAAAGGGGAUGGGUGCCAGUUGGUGGUGAGAAUGCUGACUGAAAAAUAGAAUGGUUAAUUUAAUCUGAAACAAAUGGUUAUUUCUUUAAAAAUCCAUAUAAUAAAUUUAAAAUCUAAAAUGUAAAACUCUGAACACAACACUAGAAAGGGUAUCCACAGCACAAAGUCCCCAGUUCACCUCCCUGACUACAGGGCAGCUUUGCACAGCCCCACUGGGCGCACUGUGUGCUUCUGCCCAGAAGGGGGCCUCGCCGUUCCACCAGAAGCUCAGCUCCAGGCCCUGGAGGGGCUGCUGCUCCUCAGUUGCAUUUCUGCAGUAGAUUCAUUUCCUUGAUGCAAAGCAUCUGUAUUUGUUGGUUCUGUCAUUUGAGCGAUGUCUCUGACUUGUUUGUUUUGAAUUACAUUACAGGCUGGAAUGUAAUUGUGGUGAAAGUAUUUUUAUAUUGCUGAGAGUAGCAGCUAAUCACAGUUACAUGCUUCAGAGGAUUUAUAAUUGCUUGGUUUUGUGUGUGUGUGUGUGUGUGUGUGUGUGUGUGUGUGUGUGUGUUUAACUGCAUUUGAAAAGUUUUAUGGAGAAUAUGCAUGAUUUUAAAUCUGUGAUAAUGUUACAUGCACCUUCAAUUUCAUCCACUUUAAAAAUUACCUUCUCAUU